AUGUCAACCCCCUCUCCCUUGGCCCGUCUUCCGGCCGAGUUGAUCGGGUUGAUUUUCGGUGCCCUUCUGUCCUUCUCAGACGUCGCCAGGUUUGCGGCCACCUGUCGUCGCCAUCGCCAAGUAUGGGUCGAUUUUGCUUACACCAUCUAUCGCCAAGUUGCCCCACGGACCGCACCCUGUCGCAAACUUGCCCGCCUGCUGCUGGCUGCCCAGGGAGGGCCCCCGGUCAGUGCCACACACCUCUCCCACCCGGAGGUCCUUCAGUUGAUCAGCAACGCCGCGGUCGGGGAGAACUCCGUGGCAGACCUUGAAAAACAUCAUAUCCGUCGCGUCAAAGAAAAUGAACUGGUGGUACGAAACCCUCGCCCACGCCAUCUGUCGCGCUCCGAACGCAUUCGUUACAUUCGCGGCGUGUACCAGCUAUGGGGACUGGCCCUUCUGGGCCCGGAGGCAAGGCAGCAACGCAUCAACUCAAUGACGCUGAAAGAUAUGCUGGAAGUCCGCGAUCUGGUACUGGGCGAUGCGGUGCAUAUCGCAGACCCGGUCGUUCUGGCCAUGCGAGAUGGCUAUCCCUACGCGGCGUUCGAGAUGGUCUACGUGGAUAUGUACCCCCGUCUGGAGCAGAUCGUGAGUGAUCUCUACGAUGAGGACAUCAGCUCGUGGGGUCUUCCCUAUUGUGAGGGGCUUCUGGGACGCAUUAGCUUCUGGGAUUCGUACUAUGAUAUGUCCAAAGAAAUGAUUCUGGGAGGACUAGCGGGUAAAAAGCAAUGCCCGGACCCGGGGUUGGCGUGGGAGGAUACUUCGGAUGAUGACCGGAUAGAUGAAUGA